CUUGUUGGCAGUAGAGAACACAAUAAAUAGAGCAGUCAUUGGGGGUUAGAACAACCCAUUUGGUUUAAUGAGGUUAGUGUUUUCUCUCCCUUUCCCCUUCUCUCCUUGUAUAUCUUACUCUGUGUGUCUCUUAGCAAAUUACAGUGUCCUGUCUUGUAUCCUGUCCCCCUUUUUCUGCUCUUACUUAUUUUCCCUCCUACUUUUUUAAGGCCUUGUUGAGCCCUGAUAAAACCUGGACCUUGGAAGAGGAGAGGGACAUUUGGGAGCGAGAUGGCGAGAGGGAUGGUGGCUACAUACGUACAUGGCAUCUUUCUCCUGGCUCUGUGGAAGCCCUCACUGCAAGGAGGUGUAUAUAUACCUGCUGGUGGAGCAGCAGGAGGCGCUGGAGCCGGCACAGGAGUUGGUGCAGGACCUGGAACUGGAGUCGGACCAGGUGGGACUGGAACUGGAUUUGGACAUGGAGGAGCUGGCUUUGGACCAGGAACAGGUGGAGGGGGCUAUGGUGGUCAUGGACCAGGAGGAGUUGGACCGGGAGGAGUUGGAACGGGAGGAGUUGGACCAGGAGGAGUUAGACCGGGAGGAGCUGGACCGGGAGGAGUUGGACCGGGAGGUUUCAGGCCUAACACCUUCGGCCAAGGCAGUGGUGGACUGGGAGUCGUACCUGGAGGUGUUGGGGCCGGUGGAAAGCCUCCAAAAACAGGAGGCGGCUACGGAGGUCGUGGAGGAGUGGCUGGAGGGUUCGGACCAGGACAGGGAGCUGGCAGUGUAGGAGGAGGACUGGGACAGGGUGGAGUUGGGCCAGGUGGUUUUGGACCGGGUGGUGUCGGUCCUGGAGGCUAUGGGACUGGGCCUGGAGGAGUUGGUCCCGGG